CUGGAGAGCUCGGCGCGUGCUGUGCUCACCAGUGCCCACCAAAGCGUGGGAAACCUGUGUUUGUGCCUCGAGCGCCACGAUCGUCCUAAAACUGCGUCCGCCAGUCCGAAGCCGGCGCCCCGGCCAGGCUCGCGGCCCGGCCAUCGGUCUUCAUGUCCGUAGUCUUCACACCGCUGCUCACCGCGGCUGUGGCGCCCGCGGCGUGGCGCCUUCUCCAGGGCGUCCCCGCUGAGGUGGCGCUAGGAGCGAGCGGCUCGCUCCAGGGAGCGCCACCCUGCCUCGCCACGUUGGAAAAGGUGGGCAAGGGCCACGCUGCGGCGUGGCGGCUCGCGGACUUCCGUACUGUGGAGACCGGCAUGCAGGCCCGCCUCGCGCUGGACCGCAACCCCGCCGAGCCGUGCUGCAAGCUCAUGUUUGUCGGCGGUCGCAGCGGUCAGCGCGAGAAGCUCGGCCACAUGCUGCUCGCGUGCGACGAGGAUGGCUCCGCGCUUCGCGGCAUGCGGAUCCGAGAGGACCUCCGCGGACGUGGGCUGUCCAAGCUGCUGCUGGCGGUGUGGCUGCGCCUGUGCCUCGAGGCGGGACUCACGCCGCGCACGCGCACCAUCAACAAGCCGCUCCUCUCCCUCUCGCUCGCGGCCUUUGGCUUCGCGCCCACCAACCAGCGAGGCAUGCUCGUGCGCGUCUCCGCCGCCAAGCGCGCGCGCGACUGCGUCCGCAGCACCUCGGCGCACGCGCCUGGCAGGACCGCCUAUAUCCGCACCGCCUUUGAGGCGCCCGACGCGGCCACGCUCCGCGCCGCCGUCGACCGGCAGCUUCGGCAUGGCAACCUCGAGCUGGGCGUGCCGCCUGCGGCGCUGCGACGUGCGCUCACGCUGAGAGGAGGCUGUGGCGCCUGCACGCCAAAGCGCCGUGGUCGUCGACGGCCGCUUCCCUGUUGAGAAUUUAGCUACACUGUGCAUUUCGGGUUUGCAUCGUCGUCCCGCGACAGCCGACACAAAUCUGAAUGAUGAUUGGGAGAGCCACAUGACAACGCGCGCACACCCACACGACCACUCAACCAGGAUCCUGCACACGAGCGUCUAAACACUAAAGCCGUGUUUAAAGC